GUCUUUCGUAGUUCGUUUGUUCGUUUGUAGUGAAAUGGAAAAAAAGCGUAAAUUAAAUAUUCUUUCAAUUUCGGACAAAGUUCGUUUAAUACAGUUAGUUGAAAAAGGUGAUCGUAAAAAAUGUGAAAUCGCCAAUGAAUUCAAUAUUCCACCAAAUACAUUAUCGUCAAUUAUUAAACAGAAAGAAAAAAUAAUGAAGUUCAAUUGUGGAAAUAUGAAAAAAAUUAGGAUGACUCCUUAUUUGGACAUUGAUAAAUGUUUGCUAAAAUGGUUUACUCAGUGUCGAGAUAAAAACAUACCAUUAAAUGGAACAAUUUUACUUGAAAAAGCAAACGAAUAUGCACAACAACUAGGACACACUAAUUUUAAAGCUAGUAGUGGAUGGCUUACAAAUUGGAAAAAAAGACAUGAUGUAGUUUUUCGAACUGUUUGUGGAGAAAAAGCUUCAGUAGACACACAUUGUUGUUUAAAUUGGAUUAAAAAUCUUCCUGAUGUCUUAGCAGGUUAUUCUUCUAAUAAUAUUUUUAAUGUCGAUGAAACGGGCUUAUUUUUCAAAUGCUUACCAGAUAAAACAUUAAUGUUAAAAGGUAAAGAAUGUUCGGGUGGAAAAUACGGUAAAGAGCGCAUUACAAUUAUGAUAGGAGCAAAUAUGUCUGGAACUGAAAAACUAAAAUUAUUUGUCAUAGGUAAAGCAAAGAAGCCUAGGUGUUUUAAAGGAAUUAAAUCUUUACCAGUUGACUAUAAGUCAAAUAAAAAGGCUUGGAUGACUUCGUCAUUAUUUAGUGAGUGGCUUUUAAAUUUUGAUAGAAAAAUGAAACUAGAAAAUCGAAAAGUUCUACUAUUCAUAGAUAAUUGUACAGCUCAUAAUCACGAUAUUGAAUUAAGUUCCAUUAAAGUACAUUUUUUACCACCUAGUACAACAUCUAUACUUCAGCCCAUGGACCAAGGCGUUAUACAGAAUUUCAAAAUGUUUUAUAGAAAAGAAAUAAUCAGACGGUUAGUCGAUAAUAUCGAUAACAACGAAUCAUUUUCUAUAAACAUACUCGAAGCUAUAAGAAUGUCUGAUAAGGCUUGGAGAAGUGUAACACCACAGACUAUAUUAAAUUGCUUCAUAAAAGCCGGUUUUAAAGACGGUGAUAUAAUUGCAUUAGAUAACUCAACUACUAUUUCUGAUGAUAAAUGGAAUUUUGUUGCUGAUCAUCUUAAUUUAGACGACAGAAGUUUUUCACAUUAUGUGGAAAUGGACAAUAAUGUACACGUAUGUGGAACAUGGACAGAUAACGAAAUUUUAUCAGAAACCAUCGAAAAUACCAGCGAGAGUGAAGACGAACCACAAAAUGAGGAAGAAAUCAUUUUUACCCAAGUUACAAUUCAACAAGCUAAACAUGCUUUAAAAACACUAAGGAAUUUUGUUGAGACUACUACAGGAUCAUUUUCAGACGUAUGGUUAUGCAUAGACCAGAAUAAUGGGAAAAAACUCGCAGCAAAAAUAUUGAAAAAGGAUUUUGGAAAAUCUGUAAAUGCAGCUACACUGAACGAGAUAUCGGAAGUAAAAGUUGCAAGAUUGGUUGGAAAUCAUCCAUUUCUACUAAUGGUGGAAGGAGUUUACCACCAACAAGAAUACGGUAAAAUAGUCUUAUUCACAGAGUUGAUGAAAAAAUCGUUGUAUGACAUGAUAAGUGAAGGCGAAUGUCCCUUUUCGGCGUAUACAAUUAAAAGUUAUACGUAUCAAAUGUUAGAAGGUUUGAGGUAUUUGCACGAGAAAAAUUUCAUCCACAGAGACAUCAAACCGGAGAAUAUUUUAUUGGGCUGGCGGGACAAGAUGUUAAAGAUCGGUGAUUUCGGGACCGCGUGUCACGUUUCCGAGGGUCAGCCGUACACAGAAUACGUGGCGACUAGAUGGUACCGUUCGCCUGAAUGUUUAUUGACACGAGGUUGGUACGGUAAAAAGAUGGAUAUUUGGGCUAUGGGAUGUGUGAUCUACGAAAUGGCCACUGGCAAGCCAUUGUUUUGCGGCCAGGACGAGAAUGAACAGAUGGAACAGAUCGACUGGGUACUAGGUUAUCCCGAUUACCGGUUGAUUGAAAAAUUCAGAAAAAACAAGUCGGACGUAUUCAUCCUGCGAUACGAAACCCUUAAGAGGCCAAAGGCAAAUAUUUCCGUUGGAAUGGGUCUGCACAUAGUGUACCAACCGUACCAACCUGCGUAUACCGUGUUAAAAGAAAUGAUAGUUUAUGAUCCGAACAAAAGAUACUCAGCUGAUCGGUUACUGCGAAUGUCUUAUUUUAACGAUAUAAAGAAUUCUCCGGUCGAAUAUCAGCUUAAAGCGUUUGCCAAGUUGAUUAGUUGUAAACGAACAAAAUCUAUAUCCGAGGGAGAAAGCACAACAAAAAAGACUAAAAAGAAGAACUUAAAAGAAUGAGAAAAAUGCGUGUAAACUGGGCUUGUCUAACGGACUAUGUAUUUUAACAACUUUCAUAUUAUAUUAUAUAGUU